CUACAGUGAUAAUAUUUAAAAACAAGCAAUAUUGAUAAAAAAUAAUAUAGAAUAUUUGAAAUUUUCGUAUAAAAGUAAAAUCUGAAAUGUCGCGCACACAUUUCUCUAAUAAACAUCGUCUAGCUAUGGCCGGCGCAGCGGUGGCGGUGGUGCUUUUAUUGUUAUGUUUGCUCAAUUCAAACGUUCUUUCAUUCGUGUCCGAAGACAAAGCCGAUGCUGAUACUUUAGAAUUACUACAUGUGGUUUUCCGACAUGGACCACGAACACCCGCAGACACAUAUCCAAAUGAUCCACACAUUAACCAAACAUUCUCUCCUUUCGGAUGGGGGCACAUAACCAAUAACGGCAAGCGUGAGCUAUUUGGCAUUGGAACGUGGCUGCGCAAGCGUUACGCAGACUUCAUGUCGCCAUACUAUACGCCAGACGUKKCACACGCUCAAGCAACGGGUGUUGCACGCACCCACAUGACGCUGCAGACGGUCUUGGCGAGUUUGUUCCCCCCAAAAGAUACGCCCAUGGAAUGGCAUCCGAAAUAUAAUUGGCAGCCGGUGCCGGUAUUUUCGCAGCCACUCAAUGAGGAUUCGUUACUGUUGGUGCGCACACCUUGUCCGCGUUAUUUUGAGGCUUUAGGUGAAGUUUUAGAGUUGCCAAAUGUGAAAGCGGAAAUUGAACCAUACCUCAGCAUGUUGAGCGAGUUGUCACUCUUAACCGGCAUGAAUUUAACGCAACCGGAAGACGUUCAAUCGCUUUACCUAACACUUUUAUCAGAGCAAGAAUUUGGUCUAAAACUUCCUGAUUGGACGAAGAGUUACUUCCCUCAACAAAUGCAGUUCCUUACCGAUCAAAGCUACAUUUAUAACGUUUAUACGCCAGAGAUGCAAAAGAUAAAGGCUGGACCAUUUUUGCAGAAAAUGUUUAAAGAAAUGCAGGAAAAACGCGUUGGCAAACUGAAGCCAGAGGCUCGAAAAAUGUUUAUUUACACAGGACAUGACACGACAGUGGUCAACAUUCUGUCUAGCUUAAAAAUUUGGAAGCGMCAGUUGCCACGUUACUCGGUUAUGACUAUUUUUGAAUUGCACAAGAAUAAGYUUACCGGAGAGUAUUAUGUAGAGGUUUACUUCCGAAGUCAUGCCAAAGCGCCAUUAGAGAAGCUGACAGUACCAGGCUGUGAUUUUCAAUGCCCCUUAGACAAAUUAAUUGAACUAAGUAGUGAUGUACUUCCAAAUGAACCAUACGAUGUGCGUUGCGCUUCAAAGAAUGAAGGUUUUACGGAACCACCGCUCAAAGGACCUUAAGUGAUAUACCCUAAGAAAAAAAGUAUUUUUAUAACGCCUAAUUUARUUUGUAAAAUUUUAUUUAUUACACGAAUAUUU